AUGACUCUCUCCAAGCACGUGAACGCCGAAAAAAUCGAGGACAGUGUCCUUGCAAAAAGCAAAAAGAUCCACCUUAAUAACCACGAGGAAUAUAUAUUCCGGUUCAGCUCAAAUCAAAAGGUGCCCAAGCAUGAAAUCCCCAUGGAUUCCAGUGAUGCCAAUUUGGUGUACAAGUACAUCAGACAGGGCUUGUCUCUCGAUGGAAUCCCCAGUCUCAACUUGGCAUCCUUCGUGAACACUGAUGUGGAUGAAAUCGCCCAGAAAUUGAUCUCCGAGAAUCUUGUCAAGAACUUGGCAGACAAUGAUGAGUACCCAUCCUUGAUUGAGUACCAGGAACGCUGUAUUAGUAUUUUGUCUAAUAUGUGGCAUGCGCCAAAAGGUUCAGACGGUGUUCCAAAGACUGUGGGUACGGCCACUACGGGAUCUUCGGAAGCGAUUAUGUUGGCCGGUUUGGCAUUGAAGAAAAAGUGGCAAGAGAAGAGAAAGGCCGAAGGAAAGUCAACGGAAAACCCCAAUAUUUUGAUGGCUUCUGUGGCCCAAGUGGCUUUGGAGAAGUUUGCCCGUUACUUUGACGUGGAAAACAGAACAAUUCGUGUCACAGAGGAAUCUGACCACUUAAUUGACGUUUCUGAAAUCAGAAAGAAUGUUGACGAGAACACCAUUGGUAUUUUUGUCAUUAUGGGCUCUACUUUCACUGGUGGAUUUGAGCCCGUAGAGAAGAUUGCCAAUCUGUUGGAUGACAUUGAGAAAGAAUCGGGCUUGGAUAUCAAGAUUCACGUGGACGGUGCAUCUGGCGGCUUUGUUGCACCAUUUGUCUAUCCCCACUUGAAGUGGGAUUUCACUAUCCCCAGAGUUGUGUCUAUUAACACCUCGGGCCACAAGUUUGGAUUGACCACAGCUGGUUUAGGAUGGGUCAUUUGGCGUGAGUUGGACCGCUUGCCAGAAUCUUUACGUUUCAAGUUGGACUACUUGGGAGGUGUCGAAGAGACUUUUGGGCUCAACUUUUCUCGGCCCGGUUUUCCCGUUUUGCAUCAAUACUUUAACUUGUUGACGUAUGGAGUGGAAGGUUAUGCUAAAAUCUACCACAGUUGUCUUCGGAACGCAAGAGUAUUGUCGCAAGUGUUGGAAGAGACAAAGUACUUUGAGGUUUUGUCUGUAAUUCACAAGCCAAUUGGAAAGGAGGAGAAAGAGAAAACGUACACAUUGAAACACGACCCUCGGUUGAAGCACAGAGCAGAGGGCACCAUUAACGAAGACUUCAAGCCAGGAUUGCCUGUUGUUGCGUUCCGGUUCUCCAAAGAGUUUAGAGAAAAGUAUCCCGAGAUUCCACAGGCGAUGAUCUCAUUGUUGUUGAGAAACAAGCAGUUUAUUGUGCCCAACUACCACUUGACUCCCGACGAGCAAGAUAAAGAGAUUUUGCGUGUGGUUGUUCGUGCUUCGUUGGACUUGAACUUGAUUGACAAGCUCAUCGAUUCCAUUGUGGAAUCGACAGAAUUGCUUAUCCGUGCUCACGAGAAUGUGAUUAGCGUGCUCAAGCACAAGAACUUUGCCUCGGAAGAGGAAAAGAAGAAGAUUAUCUACGAUUUGCUACUCAGCAUCACAUCGAAUGGAGUCACUGAUGCAAAGGCAUUGCAAACCGCUCGCUUGGAUAAGCCGGGCACGGGCCACCACAAGCACAAGAAGUCGUACCGUGGUACAUGUUAA